AAAACAAGCAAAAAAAGAUCGUAGUAGAUAUGAUAAAUCUGAUAUAACAUAUGUUGAUGAAUUAACUAAAAGUUAUAUGAAUCAAGGAGAUUUUGUAAAUUCAGCUUAUAUAAAAGCAUUAGCAUUUAUUGAAAAAAAUUAUAAUUAUUAUAAUAUUUUACAAGAUGUUUUAAAGAGAAUAGCUAAUUCUAUUUAUGGUCAAUUUGGUAAUCAAUAUUCUAUUAUAUGUGAUUAUGAAGUAUCGGCUAGUGUCACUGCAUUUGCUAGAAAUUACAUAACAAUGGCAACUGAAUAUAUGAAGAAUAAAGAGAUUUCUGAAUUGAUAAAAGAAAAGAAGUUUAUUUGGAAAUAUACUGAUACUGAUUCUAUUUUUUUUUCUUUAUCACCUAUAAUGAUAAAUGAAAUUAUUAAAAAAUAUGAAUCUCAAUUAUUAGAUGAAAAUGUAAAUGAAGAAGAUUUUAGUAAAAUAAUAUAUGAUAUUCGAAAAGAGAUAGUACUUGUAUCAUAUGAAGAAG